AUGAGUUAUCAGAUUCACCCCGGUCCCCUUUACAGUACAGUGUUGUUUUUGGCAAAUGAACAUCGUGCGAGGGAGGUUUUCAAGUGCCCCAAGGACUAUCGGGACCCAAUGAGUAUAAAACGUGACGAUCGUUCAUUUUGGUCGCUUAUAAAGGAUAAUCCGAUAGGACCACGCGUCCAAAGUAUAAUUUGUCAAGCGGGCUUCGACGGUAUCCUCGAUAGUGGGUAUCGGUACAUUGACCACGCGUUAAUAAACGCGUUGGUUGAGCGUUGGAGGCUCGAAACCCACACUUUUCACCUCCCCUUCGGUGAAACCACAGUGACUCUACAAGACAUUAAUGUUUUGUGGGGUCUACCAAUAAAUGGGGAGGUAUUUUCCGGUAUGGAAACGCCGAUUACAUUGACCAACGACGUUAUAAUGUGUCAAAAUUUGUUGGGGUUUACCCCUGAAAAAAAUCAUUUUUGGGGGAAAAGAAUAAGUUCAAUCCGUAUUUUACAGGAGAUAAUAGCACCGUUAAAUGAAGAAACGGCAACGGACGAAGCGUGCAUUAUACGUGCUCGUUUAGUAAUUUUUUAUUUACUAGGAUGUACAUUAUUUCCUGUUAAUUCGAAUAAUUGGAUAGCUCUUCAUUAUCUGCCUUUCCUAGAAGAUUUGGGGCAAUGUUCUCAGAUCAGUUGGGGAAGUGCUGAUUUAGGCUAUUUGUACAGAAAUCUUUGUAACGCCACAACUCCGGAUGCUCUAGGUCUUACCGGUCCUGUGUCUAUUUUACAAGUAUGGGCAUGGGAGAGGAUUCGGUGUCUUGCACCGGAGCCUAACGCGAUCUUCAACUACCGCGCCCCGAUAGCUGCUCGGUGGAAGGGGAGUCUAAACGCCGUUGAUGUUCCGACACAUUGCCUCAGAACCUAUCGAUCUCAGCUUCAGUCGUUGAAAGAGGCAAUGUUUAUGUGGCAACCGUAUGAUGCCGUGGUGGACAGCCUCCCGGAGAUCUGCACCAGUAGGAGGAAUAGUUGGAGGUGUGCCUGCCCGUUGAUUUGCUGGGAUGUUGUGGAGCAUCACUAUCCGCAACGGGUUAUGCGGCAGUUUGGCAUGGUUCAAUAUAUACCUUCACCAAUAAAUAUUGAGGUCGGUGAGCAUGAGCGGCUCUAUUCUUUAGUCCGGAAUGGUAAGACUGGGUGGGACUGGAAAAGUCAUCAUGAACCGUAUGUUAACGCUUGGAACCAUCGUGAGCAUAAUGUUGUAAACGGACAACAAAUCGAGACUUAUUCCGUGGCCAACGAUUAUAUGACGUGGUACUUAGAACAUACGGUCGUGUAUUUGACCAACCCACGACAACCGCUAGAACCCAUGGCAGGAUUUCAGGAUGACGGUGCCACGGUACAAAUGAUGGCUGACUCUUUGGGUGUAAUACACCGAAGCCAAGAUAUGGAGACGAUGCAACAGACAACAUACCGGGCUUUGAACAUGUCAAAUUUAGCGGAAUAUACCCAACAUCCAACCAAUUUGACAAAUGACCCGGUGGACCUGUCAUCCUAUCCUGGUAGUCAGAGGAUGCGUAGGCGACGUCGUCGCGGCCGUGGUGCGGCAAACGUUCAAGACACCGGCGCUGGUCAAUGGGGAAGGAAUUAUGAAGAAGGGGGUGCAUCCGGUGUUAAUCACGAACAAAACAACGAGCCCCUCUGA